AUGGCUGACUAUUCUAACAGUCUCGCCGACUUCGUGGAUUUUGCUGGCCGGGUGGAGGAAAUUAUACAGGAUGAAGCGUAUCGCUUCGCGCCGCCGUUGCGGCCAGUUCUCAGGAAUCGGCAGAAUCCUAUAGAGGCAUACAACGACGCGGAAUUCCUGUCACGGUACCGCUUUUCCAAGCGAGCAGUGAUACGCCUGCUGGAAAUGCUGCCGCUGCACCCAAAGGACAACGAACGUGGUCACCCCGUGCCGCCACUGCUCCAGCUGCUCAUCACGCUGCGAUUCUACGGCGCCGGAACCUUUCAAGUUGUUACCGGAGACCUUGUUAAUGUGUCUCAGGCGAGCGUGUCACGCAUCAACGCACGCAUAUCAAGAAUGAUAGCCGACGCAUUGUUCCCGCAGCUUGUGAGGUUGCCCAACGCCAGUGAAGCAGCCGUGGUAAUGGAGGAAUUUUAUGCCAUGGCGCGUUUCCCUGGUGUGAGCGGCUGCAUAGACUGCACUCAUGUGCCCAUGAAAAAUCCCGGUGGAGAAGACGCGGAGGUCUUUCGGAAUCGUAAGGGCUACUUCUCAAUCAAUGUCCAGGCAAUCACAGGGCCUCAGCUUCAAUUUUUUGAUUUGGUGGCCAGCUGGCCGGGUUCAGCUCACGACAGCCGGAUAUUUGACAAUAGUUCGGCGAGAGUACAGUAUGAGAGAGGUACUGUGCCUGGCAUCCUACUUGGCGACAAGGGGUAUCCCUGCAGAUCCUACCUGAUGACCCCAUUUAGGGACACAGGGACGAAAGACAGCCCUAAGCACAGGUACAACAAGUCUCUCUCACGGACUCGCUGCAGUGUCGAGAGGGCGUUUGGAGUGUGGAAGCGAAGGUUUCCAUGCCUCGACAUGACACUUCAGAUAAAAACAUCAUCAGUUCCCAUCAUCAUAACAGCUUGUGCCGCACUGCACAACUUCGGCCACCUCCUGAGAGAACCCGUCCCACCUCCACCACAAAGCCAGGUCAUUCAUGACAGUAGUUCACCGGCUACCAUCUCAUCUGCUCCGCCACCACCAGCAGCCAUGCCACUUGUGCCAGACACAGCAGACGGAUUCAGGAUGAGGGGGCGCAUAGUCGCGCAGCGGGCACCCAGUUCCAUUGAGACAGCCGUUUGCCUCUGGCUGCCGCUGGUUGAAGUGCGUUUCGUGCCACCUGGCACAGCGGCGCUGGCAGUUGCAGCUGAAGCGGCUCCGGAAGUUGUUGUGGGUGCUCCAGCUGCAGCCUCUGAUAAGCUUGCACCACCGCCAUAG